AAAUGGUCCGACAGGUAGCUCUGUUACCAGCUGGUUGCCAACCAUGGAACUAUGAUGUGGUUUCUGUCAGUGGCAGCAGGUUCGCCUAUGCCGCCAGUCUUGCAAUUUAUAUCUAUGAGCUUGACCAUAAGUACAGUGAGUACCGCCUGCUAUCUAUUAUGUCUGAGCAUAAAGGUACAGUAACCUGUAUAUGCUGGUGCCCUGAGAAACCAGACUAUCUGGCAAGUUCUAGCCUUGAUGGCACUGUCAUCAUCUGGGAUGUUACCAAACAGGAAGUUGUGGCUAGACACAACCACAAGGAAGCAGUCUGUAACAUUGGAUGGACCUUAGACCAACAGCAGUGCCUCACAAUAACUGGAAAAAAUGGUCCCAUCUGGCUUUGGUGUUUCCAGAACAGCCAAAAUCUGUCCAUUGUGAAGGAGACACAGUCUUUUGCAUCGCCAGUUACCUUGUUUCGGUGGCAUCAUGCAAAAACAUCACAGGUUGCUGUUGGUCAUGAGAAUGGUUCCGUAUCCUUCGUGCAGAUGGGUGAAAAAGUACAGAAACAUGUAUUUAAACCAGACCCAGCGACAGACAAUGACAAUCUAUCAGACCCGGUUGUUGUGCUGGAGUGGGACCCCUUGUCUACAGAUUACCUUCUCAUAUGCAACCGGCUAGAAGGCAUUCAAUUGGUCGAUGUUCCAAACUUAAAGACCAUCAUGCUCUUCCAACUUCCUAGUGCCGCAUCAAAUGUUCAGACACUCACUUGGGUGAAAAGUGCUGCUGGCAUGUUUGUAACGGGAGAUUCUAAAGGUGGAAUUCUUCGGAUCUGGAAUGUGUCAAAUCCUUUGCCAAUUGAGAACAUGAAAAUUAAAGGCACAGGUUUCCAUCGACUAGAAGUCCUCAACCAGCCCAUUGAAAGCGUGGACAGUAGUUUGAACACAGCCAUGGCAAGUGAAAGCAAGGAUAAAAGUCUUAAGCAUAUUUCCUCAACAAGCAAAGCAGAGUCAAUGGCAUUUAUCACACAGUCACAUGUCGCACUUCCUCACAUUCAAGUUGUGUGUGCUUUCAAAGAUGGAGGAAUUGGGCUGUAUCAUAUAAGCAGGAGAAAGUGGAUAUUUCUGAGAAAUGAGGGUCACAUAGAAACAAUCUUUGAUUGUAAGUUCAGCCCUGAAAAUCCAGACUAUCUGGCAACUUCUAGCUUUGAUGGCACUGUGAAAAUCUGGGACAUAACCACAAUGACUUGCUUGACAUCAUCACCGGGCAAUGAAGGAGUUAUCUAUCACAUAUCCUGGGCCCCAGCCGACCUCAACUGUAUUGCUGCCUGUACCGCCAAACAAGGGGCAUUUAUUUGGGAUGUCGGCAAAGGAAAGAUAAUCAACAGAUUUAAUCAUCAUUCCUUGAAGGACAGUGUUUACUGUGUGGCCUGGAACCACAUUGAUCCUAAACUAAUCAUGACCUGUGGAGGAGACGGCCUUUGCAUAAUUCAGCAAGUUGACGGCAGAAUUGUAAAAAAGUACAAACAUCCAUCCCCUGUAUUCGGCUGUGACUGGAGUCCUUUUAAUAAAGACAUGUUAGCCACUGGUUGUGAAGAUAAGAUUCUACGAAUAUUUUAUCUUGUGUCCAGCUCGGACCAGCCCAUCCGAGUACUUGCAGGGCAUGAAGCUAAAGUGUUUCAUAUCAGGUGGAAUCCUCUCAAGGAAGGAAUUCUAUGUAGUGGCUCUGAUGAUGGAAAUAUAAGAGUGUGGGACUAUACAAAAGACCAGUGCGUGUGUGUGUUAUCUGGCCACAAAAAUCGUGUGCGAGGGCUGAAUUGGAACUCGGAGAUUGCCAAUUUUCUAGCAUCAGGCAGUUGGGAUUUCACGAUCAGAAUCUGGGACACUCAGGAUGGAGCCUGUUUAUGCUGUCUGCUGGACCAUGGUGCCGAUGUUUAUGGCUUGACAUCUCAUCCAUCUCGCCCAUUCUUGCUGGCAUCAUCGUCUCGGGACACUACUGUUCGUCUGUGGUCAGUAUCUUCAUUAGCGCAGAGCAUAGAACUGAGUUUGUUAGCAGGCAAGCCAUGCCAGGAAAUUAUUGGAGAACCAGCAGUUUGUGGACUGUCGUCGCCAGUCCUGGCAGGACAUAGGUCAAGGACUCUUUUUCGAGACCUCACUUCAAAGACUGGUGACCAAACUGCCAUGUGGGGCAGAAUCUCCAAGUUUUUUGCGCAUGCCAGUGGAGUCACCAACCUAUGGGAUCUUGUCUACAUCAUUCAGGGAAAGGACACCCUGCUGUCCACAUCAUAUGCCAAGGGCAUAGUGCACAGAAAGCAUGUCACCAUAUUUAAAGGGUCUGAAGCACAGCAGCUGGAGAUGAUCAAAAUGUCCAAGUUUGGUGCUGGAGUUGGAGCGCCGAGCCGAGAAGAUCGCCUCACCGAAGCAGCAAACAUACACAUCAAAUUGGGCAAUGUCCAGCGUUAUUGUGAACUCAUGGUUGAAUUAGGGAAGUGGGAGAGAGCACUUGCACUGGCGCCCUCAGUGUCUUUGAAAUAUUGGCAGCAGCUGAAUCAGAGGUAUUGUGCCGCAUUAUCAGCUGAGGACAAUGACAUGCUGGUGCCUGCAUGCAUCGCCGGUGGUGAUGUCGAUCGUCUUGUGUCAUUCUUCACCUCCAGAGGCCAGCUGGCUGACGCCAUGCUAGUUGCUCAAAGUGCUUUUGAAGGAUCCAUUCCCCAUACUGACUUUGAAGACCAACAGACAAGCACUUCUAGGGGUCAGGGUGACGAUAAAGAACAUUUCAACAGACUAACAGUAGAAGUUUUAGAAAAGCUGUCAGAUUUCUACUUUGCAAAUGGAUCUCCUACACUGGCUGCUUGCUGUCAUCUUGCAUCUGAUGAGCAGAAAAGAGCAAUGUCCAAGUUAAUCAGGGGACAUGAACUGGAACUAGCAGUCUAUAUAGGUCGUGUGUUGGGUGGAGCUCCUCAAGAAACUGAUAUUGCUCUAGAGCUUCUGUCCAGGCGAUGUGAAGCUUUAGGAAAAUGGGAACUGGGCCUUGAUCUCCUACAGUUGCAAACAAGGUCUUCUCUACAACAGGCCAAGUUAUGUGCCAGGUGUUCAUCUAGCAUGGCGGAAAUUAAUGCCUUACACUACAAGGCUGGCCUGCCCUCUAUGGAAGAGUGUGAAACUAAGGGGAAAGCACUUCAGAGCUCUCCUGCAGAUGUGGUGAACUGUGUCAUGUUUUAUCUACUUUCUCCGGCUUGUGAAAAAGGUUUACAGAUUGGAUUGCAGCAUAUCAGAGAUAAAAUGAAGCUUCCUGAUUGGUCCGUAGAUGAUGUGUUUCCUUUGCUGCAACUGCUCGGGUGUAUCAAGACGGAAAAACUGCAGCAUGCCAGGUGCUCAUCAAUGAUUUUUGAGCUUCUGGCCUUGUCUGCUUACAUUGGAGCCCUUGUAGCAAUGAAGAGGCAAUAUUACCAAAUUGUGGGCCCAUUACUGGCACAUGCCAAGGUCAUGAUGCAAAAGGGGAAUGUGAAGUUGAGUGUUUCACAGGAUCAGAUUGAUGAAACAUGCAUGGUAUUCAAAGCUGCAAUAGACAACAGAUUGACACCGGAAUUGGAGCCAUUAUAUAAAACAUUAAUGCAGCAUUUUGGUAGUCUCCAGGACUGGGCUUUAGAACUGGGGCCAGACUGUGCAGGAAGCUCCAAUCUUCCAUCUCAUUCUGAUAUCCAGGUAUCUGUACUUUCAGGGGACAGAAUCAAGGGGCAAGCUUUCUUUCUUGAAGAUGGACAGUCAGCAAUUUCAUUGAAUGAAGCUUUGAUGUGGGCCAAGGUCAACCCGUUUUCACCACUAGGGUCUGGUGUUAGAAUUAACCCUUUUUGA